AUGGAAGCUCUCUUGUCACUCGCUUUCGAUAAUCUUUCGUCAUAUGAUGGACCCAAAAUCCGCAAGGGCUUGCGCCAAGUAGAGGGUCUUCUAGCACAGAUCUGCCUAUCCAACGGGUCUUCAGGCCGAGCACGGUCUACUUCUGUAUCCUCGACAGCGCCUGACGACUACGAAGAUGCAUCCGGCACAGCUCCUCGCAAAGAUCUCGCCCAGCUCACCCAAGACCCGGCAUUUCGAGAGUUCUUCAAGCUGCAGGAGGGAUUCGAAUGGAACGUUGCUAUGCGCUUGGUAGGCACACUAGAUCGGCUCAUGGCCAAGGGUAGUGAUGGUCAGAAUGACUUGCUCAUUCUCAGUGCACUGGACCUCAUCCAAGGCGUCACCCUGCUGCAUCCUCCGAGCAAAUCUCUGUUUGCGCGAGAGCAGAAUAUGAAUCUCUUAUUAGAUCUUCUCGAACCAUAUAACUGCCCCGCGAUCCAGUCAGCUACCCUCCUGACCCUGGUAGUCGCUCUCAUCGACACUCCGAACAACACACGCACCUUCGAAGGGCUUGAUGGCCUGCUUACUGUUACCUCUCUCUUCAAAUCUCGAUCAACCUCUCGUGAGGUCAAGCUAAAGCUCGUCGAAUUCCUCUACUUCUACCUUAUGCCCGAGACACCCUCCGCCCCUCGAGCUGACCAGCGAGAGUCUGUGUUCCAGCGCAGCCCUUCGAAGCUUUCUGGCGCAUUCCACGUCGAUGCUAGAAACGGACGCAAGCGUGCCAAUAGCAGCGGGGUUACAACUUUGACCACGGCAGAGAAACAGCAACUUCUGAGUCGCCACCUUAGUAGCGUGGAAGACUUGGUCAAGGAUCUGAGAAACUGCGCGCCAUUCGGUGGUAUCGUAUGCUGA